CAGCAUAUAAGUUCCUCAAUUGAUUUAACAAUUCCGCAAAUCUUAUUUUAGCCAAAUCAGAGAAACAAAGGCUUAUCAAUUGAGCUCAAAUCGAAUUAUCACAAUCAAAAUUGUAGAAAAUCUGCUCAAAUAAUGCCCCCCGAAAACUAAUCAACAGCCCAAAUAGUUCAAAUGAAUCGAUCAGUUUAGUUCAGAGGAGCCCAUUUCAAAGACAGGUUUAAUCAACUGCUGUUUUAGAAGUUUGAACAUAACAUAAAAUCAGAAAUUGAAAAUUAUCAGAAUUAGCAGACUUCUAUCUUCAUUAGUUUGGAACCUGUCUAUUUAUGAGCGGAGAGAGCUUGACAAACAAGCAAUUUGUGUCACAUUAAAUAUGAAUAAACGAGGCGAAAAUGACAUUUUCAGAUGAAUUAUCUCCAAAACUCAUUGCCGAUUAUUCCAAUUCCCAUAUCUACCUAAUCAGGCGAACGUGACACCCAACCAACAUACCAACACAUUAGCCCUGUCUUCACUUAAUCACACUCGACUUAACUGGCCUAAUUGACACCAGAUAACACACAAUAACAGAUUCCGCUGGAUGAUUGAGAGAAGGAAUCUAAUUGAUGGAUUGACACAUUCUCCCAGCCUCAAUUUGAUCAAGUCAGCUCCACUCAACCUACGUCCAGUCACAUCGGCUACAAUUCAUUAGCGGCAGAUUCAUAUUUCCAGUUUGAAAAUUCAGAAGAACAAACAUUUGUUCAAUUUCAACUGAUUAUGUCUGACAUUAACUCAGUCAUUUCUUCGAGCCCCAUCAGCAAAAACACUAAAAAAGAAGACACGAGUCAAUGCAGCGAAGUUGAGCAGUAUCGUUGCCCCUAUUGUUUCAAGUCAGUGCCCAACAACGAAAAGAGCAUCCAAGAACACCUCCUGUUCGAGUAUACAACACGAGGCAUAAAUGAGCAACUCAUCCAAUUCUAUCUCAAACAGGCGAGCGACAGUUCCAAACUACGAGAUAACAGUAAGGAAGCAGAUACUAAUAACUUCAACCGGACCAGUGUAAUCACGAACAAGGAUCACUCAAAACUUCAGGACUAUAAGCAUCUGGUAGCAUGGCAAGAAACAUGGAAAACGUCACUACAUGCUAAUCCUCAAAUAUUCUACAACAACUUUUCUCAGCACUACCCUAUACAAGACUUGUACAGCAACACAGCAGCCAUUCUCAACGACCCACAGCAAGUUGCUCACUUGAAAUCCACCCAACCACUCCACACUCACAACCAGAACAGACUAGUGCAAGGAAACCCUACUCACUAUUUCAACAAUUCGGGUGGCACAUUCAAUCUGAACCCCGUGAGUCAACUGGGCGUUUCGCCAGUUCUGAGCGCCAACUUGGGUUCCGCAAUUGAAGCUGUCAACUGGUGUGCACACUGCAGCAUCUCAUUUCGACUAACGAGCGAUUUAGUUCAGCAUAUGCGAAACUUCCACGCAUGCGGGAAUUCAACAGCCAACGAAAAACCCAACAGUUCAUCAAUGGCAGGGAAAAUCAGUUCUGAUUCCGUGAAAACAUCGGCGUUUAAAAAUGUGAUCAAGAAUUUCAAGUGUUCCUCGUGUGGGGAAAGUUUCAAAGAAAGGCAUCAUUUGACUCGUCAUUUGAGUUCACAUACGACUCCAAUUAGCCGACUGGCAAGUAAUGCGAGAUACUCUCUUGCAGCUUCCAAGAACAAGCUUCAGGUUGAACAACAAGAAACAAGUGACUAUAAAAGAGCAAAAAUAACCAACUAGAACAAACAACUCUCAAAACAUUAAUCCAGAAGCUUGCUUAUUUGUGCACAACCACUAUACUGAUGACUAUAAUACUUUUCAGGGUAAUAAUAGGAAAAAAAACUGAUUUAGCAUUAGAAAAAACUUCGAAAAUCCAACGCAAGAAAUAAACCUGAAAGUUUCAAAUGACUGGGGCAUAGUAAAUGACUGCUGGAGCUAGCCUAAUAAUUUUUCAUUCUUUGCAAUGGCAUCCACCUCGCGUUCUAAUCAAAAACAGCUACUACAUAUUUAAAACAUAGCCAAUCGAAGAUUGGAAAAGAGUAAUGAACGCAAGUAAACAUGAAAGAAAACGCUGACUUUCUUGAAAAAUCUUAAUUUUCGAAUUUCAAAGAAAAAAUAGAUGUCCUUUAAACUCUUUGAAUUUCUAGAACAAUUUAAGAUUGGCGCUUUUUUGAUAACAUGAACCCAACUUGAGAAAACUGGAUCAAUAGGAAGAGUUUUCGCUGCGCUCGAAAACCUAGAAAUUAAAUUCCACUUUCGAAAUUAGAAACCGUCCACGUUUUUUGCG